AUGAAUCUCUUCGUCCUCUCAUUCGCUACUCUAGCGUCCUUCGUCGCCAUCGCUAAUGGUGCAUCCAUGAUCCGUCAGGAAGCCGAGGCCGGCGACCCCUGCAACCUCACUGGCACUUACCAAGUUGGUACAGACAUCUCUUCUUGUAACAAAAUCACUAUUGGGCCUCUCACCGUUCCUGCCGGAGUGACGUUGGAUCUAAACAGAGCCAAGAACGGCGCAACCAUCAACUUCGUUGGCGUCACAACGUUUGGGACCAAAUCGUGGCCCGGGCCACUCGUCACGCUUAGCGGAAACUCUCUUAAUGUCAUGGGGACUGGUACGCUGGACGGCCAGGGACUUUGGUACUGGAAGAAGGGUACAUCGAUCGUCCGCCCGGUUUUCUUUAACGUACAAAGUGUCAUUGGCUCGACUAUUUCGGGCUUCACAAUCAAGAAUUCACCGUACCGCACAUUCAGUAUCUUUACGUCUCAGCACACGACUUUAAGUGGACUCACACUCGACUCUACCGCUGGCAAUGGACUCGCAAAGAACACCGAUGGCUUCGACAUGUCGCUGAAUGAACACGUGACGAUUACGGGUAACCACAUUUACAACCAGGACGAUUGUCUCGCUAUGCAGUCCAGCAUCAACACCACAUUCAGCGGUAACACCUGCAGUGGUGGUCACGGUAUCUCGAUCGGCUCCAUUGGUGGCAAGGUGGUUGACAAAACCACGACGGUGUCCGGCCUUUAUGCUGAGGGCAACAUCAUCAUCAACAGCGAUAACGGCAUCCGCAUUAAAACUGUGACUGACACGGGCAUGGAUAGUGGACUGGUGACUAACGUGAAGUACAUCAAGAACGUGCUACAGAACGUGAGAAAUGCCAUCGCCAUCCAUGGGGACUACAGCAGACCACUUGGAGCCUACAAUGGUAUUGCCGACAGUCUGGUGACAAUUUCGGAUGUCACGGUGGACGGACUCACGGGCUCGGUCGACCAGAAGUACGAUAUCGUUGUCAACCCGAGGGUAGUGUCGAGGUGGACGUUCAGCAAUAUCAAGUUGUCGGCCCCGGUGGGUACUUGCAAGGGUCAGCCAACUGGCAUCUGCUUGAAUGCUGUUUUGAACGUAUAG